GGCUAGAGGUCCCGCCCCUUGCUGGGGUCUCUGUAGAGCCGCGGCCGCGCCGGCAUCGAGCAUCCCUGGCCCGGCAGGCUGGAGGCCCCGGGGCUGCGGCUCCGGCAGCCGCGGCACGGCCCGCCCGCGACAUGGCCAGCUCCGGAGAGGACAUGUCCAACGAUGAUGACACACACUCUGCUGGGAUGGCGGGUGGCGCCCACCUCCUGGGGUUCUCUGACGAGAUCCUACUGCACAUCCUCAGCCACGUCCCCAGCACAGACCUGAUUUUGAAUGUCCGGUGCACCUGCCGGAAGCUCGCAGCCCUGUGCCUUGACAAGAGCCUCGUGCACACCGUGUUGCUGCAGAAGGACUAUCAGGCCAAUGAGGACAAGGUGAAGCAGCUGGUGAAGGAGAUCGGCCGGGACAUCCAGCAGCUGAGCUUGGCCGGCUGCUACUGGCUGUCAGGCUCCACUGUGGAGCACGUGGCCCGCUGCCGCAGCCUCGUGAAGGUGAACCUCUCGGGCUGCCACCUCACCUCCCUGCGCCUCUCCAAGAUGCUGUCGGCCCUGCAGCACCUGCGCUCCCUGGCCAUCGAUGUGAGCCCUGGCUUCGACGCCAGCCAGCUGAGUGGCGAGUGCAAGGCCACACUGAGCCGCGUCCGAGAGCUCAAGCAGACGCUGUUCACGCCCUCCUAUGGCGUGGUGCCCUGCUGCACCAGCCUCGAGAAGCUGCUGCUCUACUUCGAGAUCCUGGACCGCACGCGCGAGGGGGCCAUCCUCUCGGGCCAGCUCAUGGUGGGCCAGAGCAACGUGCCCCACUACCAGAACCUGCGGGUCUUCUACGCCCGCCUAGCCCCGGGCUACAUCAACCAGGAGGUGGUGCGGCUGUACCUGGCUGUGCUCAGCGACCGCACGCCUGAGAACCUCCAUGCCUUCCUCAUCUCUGUCCCUGGCAGCUUUGCUGAGAGUGGGGCCACCAAGAACCUCUUAGAUUCCAUGGCCCGCAAUGUCGCCUUGGAUGCCCUGCAGCUGCCCAAGUCCUGGCUGAAUGGCUCGUCCCUCCUCCAGCACAUGAAGUUCAACAACCCGUUUUACUUCAGCUUCAGCCGGUGCACCCUGUCUGGUGGCCACCUGAUCCAGCGGGUUAUCAAUGGCGGCAAGGACCUCCGGAGCCUGGCCAGCCUGAACCUCAGCGGCUGUGUCCACUGCCUCUCCCCGGACUCCCUGCUCCGCAAGGCAGAGGACGAUAUUGACAGCAGCAUCCUGGAGACAUUGGUGGUGUCCUGCUGCAACCUUCGGCACCUGAACCUCUCAGCCGCCCACCACCACAGCUCCGAGGGCCUGGGCAGGCACCUCUGCCAGCUCCUGGCCCGGCUGCGCCACCUGCGCUCCCUCUCCCUGCCUGUCUGCUCUGUUGCGGACUCGGCACCUCGGGCCGACCGGGUACCCGCCCAGCCUGUCAUGCACGCUGUGCCCCGAGGCUUUGGCAAGAAGGUGCGCAUAGGCGUGCAGUCCUGCCCCAACCCCUUCUCGGGCCAGACGGUCCCCCAGCCUUCCUCUGUGUUCUGGUCUCUGCUGAAGAACUUGCCCUUUUUGGAACACCUUGAGCUGAUUGGGUCCAACUUCUCCUCUGCCAUGCCGCGCAAUGAGCCUGCCAUCCGCAACUCCCUCCCUCCCUGCAGCCGGGCGCAGAACGUUGGGGACUCGGAGGUGGCCGCCAUUGGCCAGCUGGCCUUCCUGCGGCACCUGACGCUGGCCCAGCUACCCAGUGUGCUGACAGGCUCUGGGCUGGUCAGUAUCGGCCUGCAGUGCCAGCAGCUCCAGUCCCUCUCACUGGCCAACCUGGGCAUGAUGGGGAAGGUGGUCUACAUGCCCGCCCUCUCGGACAUGCUGAAACACUGCAAGCGGCUGAAGGACCUCAGGCUGGAGCAGCCCUACUUCAGCGCCAACGCCCAGUUCUUCCAGGCGCUCAGCCAGUGCCCCUCGCUGCAGCGCCUGUGCCUGGUCUCCCGCAGUGGCACCCUCCAGCCCGAUGCGGUGCUGGCCUUCAUGGCCCGCUGUCUGCACGUCGUCGUGUGCCACAUGUUCACCGGGGAGUCCCUGGCCACUUGCAAGAGCCUGCAACAGUCGCUUCUCCGCAGGGUAUUCUGCUUCUUCAGAGCCUGCGAAGGGAGCCCGAGGCGGAGAGCACAUGUUCCUGGCCCGGAGCUUCCCCUGCCGGUAGCAGCGCCGUCCAGGCUUCCAGGCCGAGCGUCCUGCGUUGAACGUCGUCAUCUUCCCUCUGCUCCACGAGGGCCUAACCGACGUGAUCCGGGAUGUCCCCAUGGUGCACCUGGAUGAGAUCACCUUAUUUAAAAGCAGAGUGGCUGAGGAACCACCUAACCUGUGGUGGUGAGGGACGGGCCCAGCACCGCGCCGAGCCUCUGCCUAUCGUCUAAGUCGCCGUGAGAUGCCACUGCUGCUCCCCGCCUUCCUGCAGCCCCCAGGAGCCUGUGGACACCAGGGAUUCAUGGGUUUGCCACAGGAGGACAAGAGCUGUCUCUCCUGGUGGCUCCUGGGGCUCUGGGUGUCUCCUCCGGCUUUCUCUCGUGAGGACUGUUGCUAAAGUUUGGGAUGAGGGGACACACUCGGGUUGCCAGAGGGGGAUCAGGUGGGCUGUCGACGUGGGGGGCCUGGCUGGGGUGUUCUCGCACAGAGACUCAAUGCUGGGGGCCUGCCGCAGCCCCAGAGUGCAAGGGUAAAGGCUGUGGCCCUGGAGAGUGUCCCGUGGUGGUUCGUGGCCACCUGCCAUCCGGACUCCAAGUGCGGGUGGCUGAGCCCUUGCGUGUGGGUGGGCGUGUGCGGACAGCCAUGCUGCUCGCUGCAGGUGCUCCUUGUGCAGUCGAGCCAGCUGGGUGACCCCUAGGGCGCUCCUUCCCAUGAAGACACAUCGUAACCCACUUACGUCUUGGGAUGGCUGAGUAGGGCCUCCCUCGGGUUGUUGGGCCCUCGGAGCAGGGCCUGUCCCUCACAGAGGCCACCUCACCCCCACACCCAAUUUGUGGCAUUCAGCUCCAGAAACUCCAGCUCCCCAUGAAGGUCCGCCUGCCUUUCUAGGGAGGUCUAUAUAUACACAUUUGCCUUUGUUAGAAUAACUUGAUACAUUAAAAUCCAGAAAAGAUGUUUAAGGCUGGAGUAGUGAUCAAAUUACCCUGUUUCAGAUAUAUUUAUUUAAUAGUUAAAUACUCAAUAUUCUGAAAACAAGAGAUGACCUUCAGUCUCCAGGGCCUCACCCUGUGCACUGAGCUGGUUACCUCUGCCUCCCUCAAACUUGAGACUCUCCUGGAGCCGUGGUCCCCUGGGCCGGUGGCUUCUGGAGGGGAGGCUGAGGUUGCGUCCUGUCCCACUGGGCCCGGCCCUGGUCCUUCUUGGUACUGGGCCCUGGCAGGCUGUGGGCAUCGCCUAGGCACUUUGGUGUCUGCAGGGGCCGUCCUGGCCCCUGUGGGUCAGGCCUGCGGAGCCUCCUUGGCCUUGGCUGCCCUCCUCACACUCUGACCUCUCGUCCUGCGGAUGCCUCUCAGCUCCGACUGGGUCUCUGCCCUGCUCCAGUGGCUCUGCUCCUUUGCUCGGGGGACCUGUGCGGGGGGAGGGAAGUUUCCUCCCUCUUCACCCCAUCUUCCUUAUGUGAGUGGGUUGUCUCCCCCUCUCUGGAGCAUGGGGCAUCCUCUUCCCACUCCAUGCUGCAGCUGGCGGAGGGAUUUUGCUUCCUGGCCAGAGGGACCCAUGUGCAGGCUGAGCCAGGGAGUGCCCCACUGCAGGACCACGCUAGACAGCGCCUUUGCCCUCCUGACGCAGCCUCUGAGAGCCAUGAAGCUGGGUCCCGUCUCCUCCUGGCAUGCAGGCCACAGGACAGGCUGCCCAGGGCCGCAGGAGGCAGGGCCAACUCCCACCCAGCUAUAGAUGAGGGUCCUCCCUGUGCCCCGGUUUCUGGGCAUUUCUUUAGAGCUUUGAAAUGGCACCUGGAGACCACCAUCGAGGGGGAUCAAAUCAGGUGGGGUGGAGCCACCAGGGCUGACUGCUCUUGUGCUCAAAGCAAGGCGCUGUGGCUGGUCACAGCCUGACAGGCGGGCAGCCCCAGGAGGGAGGCAGCUGGCCUGGGAUGUUCUGGACCUGCAGGGGCCUGUGUGGCUCUGGGUGCUGUGGCUUUUGUGCCUGUCUCCUUUCCUCCAGAGCAACCCCCACUUGGAAUUUAUCCUGGUGUUUUUAUGAUCACACCCUGAUGGCCUGUUCUCAUGAGCAAGCAGUUUUCACUGGCAAUGUGGUUUGUGCUCGUAAAUGAGGCUGGGGCUGCAAACGGCCUUGGAAAGCAACCCUCAGACGGUAGCCUUGUAUUUUUAGUGUCCCCUGCAACAAUCCUUUGACUUAGAGCAAGAAUUUCCGCUGCUUCUACACCC